AUGUCCCAUCACACCAUUCACCUUUUCAGGAAGGGACUUCGCCUUCAUGACAACCCAACCCUGCUGGCUGCCCUGGAGUCCUCAGAGGUUGUCUACCCUGUCUACAUCCUGGACAGGAAGUUCAUGACAUCCGUGAUGCACAUUGGCACCCUGAGGUGGCAUUUUCUGCUGCAGUCUCUGGAAGAUCUCCAGAAGAACUUGACCCAACUGGGCUCCUGCUUGCUGGUCAUUCAAGGAGAGUAUGAGUCUGUUCUGAGAGAGCACGUCCAGAAGUGGAAUAUCACCCAGGUGACUCUGGAUGCUGAGGUGGAGCCGUUCUACAAGGAGAUGGAGGCCAAAAUCCAACAGCUGGGAGAGGAGCUGGGCUUUGAGGUGCUCUCCCUGGUGAGCCACAGCCUCUAUGACACCAAACGGAUUUUGGAGCUGAAUGGUGGGACUCCCCCACUGACAUACAAGAGGUUCCUCCACAUCCUGUCUCUGCUGGGGGACCCAGAGGUGCCUGUGAGGAACCUUACAGCUGAAGACUUCCAGAGGGGUGGAGCCCCUGAGCCAGGCCUGGCUGAGCAGUACAAGGUGCCUCUCCCCGUGGAUUUGGAGAUCCCCCUGGAGAGCCUCUCACCCUGGAGGGGAGGGGAGACCGAGGGGCUGCAGCGCCUGGAGCAGCACCUGACUGACCAGGGCUGGGUGACAAGUUUUACUAAACCAAGAACAAUCCCAAAUUCACUGCUGCCAAGCACCACAGGCUUGAGCCCCUAUUUCAGCAUGGGCUGCCUGUCAGCUCGCACCUUCUUUUACAGGCUGUCAACCAUCUAUGCUCAGGCCAAGCAUCACUCUCUGCCCCCAGUGUCUCUCCAAGGGCAGCUUCUGUGGAGGGAAUUCUUCUACACGGUGGCAUCAGCAACCCCAAACUUCACCCAAAUGGCUGGGAACCCCAUCUGCCUGCAGAUCAGGUGGUAUGAGGAUGCAGAGAGGCUCCACAAGUGGAAAACG